AUGGAUUCGCUACACGAUUUUUUGGUUCGGUCAGGGGGUCUGGGUGCCAAUGGAGGGGCCGCUGCCACAGAUGGCCAAGCGAUUGACAAUGCCGAGACGGUAUACAUUUCGUCAUUAGCCCUGUUGAAGAUGUUGAAACACGGUAGAGCCGGAGUUCCAAUGGAGGUGAUGGGUUUGAUGCUGGGUGAGUUUGUUGACGAGUUCACCGUACAUGUAAUCGAUGUAUUUGCCAUGCCUCAGUCCGGUACUGGUGUUUCUGUCGAGGCCGUUGAUGACGUGUUCCAAACAAAGAUGAUGGACAUGUUGAAGCAGACUGGAAGAGAUGAGAUGGUGGUGGGAUGGUACCAUUCGCAUCCUGGAUUUGGUUGUUGGUUGUCUUCGGUGGAUAUCAACACCCAACAGUCCUUCGAACAGUUGAACCCUAGAGCGGUGGCUGUGGUGAUUGACCCUAUCCAAUCCGUGAAGGGAAAGGUAGUGAUCGAUGCUUUUAGAUCGAUAAGUUCUACAGCCAUAAUGAUGGGCCAGGAACCAAGACAGACAACUUCCAACGUGGGUCAUUUGAACAAACCAACCAUACAGGCUCUGAUUCACGGGCUCAACAGAAACUACUACUCUCUGAACAUCGACUACAGAAAGACUUCGAACGAGAUUGGCAUGUUGCUGAAUUUACACAAGAAGGAAUGGCAAUCUGGCUUGAAAAUGAACGACUACAAUGAGAAAGAGAUACACAACAAAGACUCUGCAAAGGCAUUGGUUAAGAUCGCUGAACAGUACGUUACCAGGGUGCAAGAGGAGAAGGAAUUGAGCGAGGAGCAACUGAAGACGAGGUAUGUUGGUAAGCAAGAUCCCAAGAAGCAUUUGGGAGAGACAGCUGAGGGCUUGAUAGAAGAGAACGUUGUUUCUUUGUUAUCAGGCAACGUGAAUGCGUUGGCUAUUCAAUAG